GUCCUGCGGUACCGAUGAGGGCAGUUCUCGUUCCUGAUCUAUAAAUUGGAAGCCCCAUCCAUCACCCCAUCUCAUUCCAAUCAAUGCUCUCUCCAUUGCUUCUCAUCGAGAGGUAAAGAAACAUAGAGAGAGAGAUUCUAGUUUGCAAUGGCAACAGCUUGUUCUCGUGUCUCCUGCUCACUUCUGGUAUUGCUUCUUCUGGCACUGUCUUUGGUUGGGAGCGUCCAUGGACGGCUGAAGCCUUCAGAUUGCCAACCGAGAUGCCAAUACCGGUGCUCGGCUACGUCCCAUAAGAAGCCAUGCAUGUUCUUCUGCCUUAAAUGUUGCGCCCAGUGCCUGUGUGUGCCACCUGGAACCUAUGGCAACAAGCAGGUGUGCCCCUGUUACAACAACUGGAAGACCAAGGAAGGUGGCCCUAAGUGCCCUUAGUCCUUUUUCCCUUUUUUCCAAUGGGAUACCUUGUGGUGCACCAAAUAGUUUCAGUUUAUUAUACGGAUGUCUUAUUUAUGGACGGAUCAUAGUAGAUUGUUCGCCGUUCUUUUAGUAUUCAAGAUGAAGGAGAGAUUCAUGGCCGGGAAAUGUGAAUCCCCUCUUUUGAUGUGGAAGGUGAUUACUGUAAUCUACCCAUAAGAGUUUAAAUAAUUCUAAGAGUUCUUCAUUGGACUGCUAUUUUGGCC